GUCGUCGGUACCGUGUAGACAACCUCGUCCGCGUUUAAAUUCCUUCGCGUGUCGCCGAUAUCAAGGGGUGGGAGCAGCUACGCCGCGAUGUUCAGCAGAUCUUCGUCGUUUGCACAAGUGCAUUCCGUGCAGUAGUUCUAGGAUCAUGUGAGGUGUGGGUGGGCAGUUGUGAUUAGUGUGUUGUUUGAAUAGUAUUUUUUUCUGUUUGUCGAAAAAUGGCGAAGAAGUGGUAUGACCAUCAUCAUCAGCAGCAGCGAUUCCACGGUCUUCGUAGUCUGUAAAUAUAACGCUACAACUCCGCAGUCGCUCUCCAAGUCAAGUCAGCAGCGGCGUGAGAAGGAGAAAGGAAGAAAGCAAGAAAGAACAGGCCCGAGAGAUACCUUUGGAGCGGCCGAUACGCGAUACCUGUGGACAACCCAACGUGCCGAGAAAGAGUUGUUCAAAGCAGCAGUAGUGACAACGCGGCCGACGAUGCACACACGAUGGCCGGACUCAAGCCGAACAUCUACGCACUGCUAGUGACCUGUCUGGGCUUUCUGUGCCUGGUGAUCAGUGCCACGGCGGUUGGUGUGCCAAUCUGGGCGUACUACGACAGCCGAGGGGGAGAGGAUCGAGGAUACUUUGGUCCGUGGCAAAAGUGCCAGGUUCUGAGCUACCGGGAACGAUGCGGCGACGUCGUGCGGUUCCAGCCGUCAGGUGUCGUGUUUACCAGCGGCCUGAUGGCGGUGGCCGCCUGCGCCCUGUUCGGCAUCAACUGCGUGCUGAGCAUCCUGCAGAUUGCAAUGAUUUCAUCGCGCGACCGUAUCUGCAUGCGGUACGCCGUCCUGACCACGGUCAAGCUGAUUCUGGUGGUGCUGGCGACGUUCCUGUCGCUCGCCGCGGCCGGCCUGUUUGCGCUGCAAACCGACGACGACCGGACGGGGUACCGCAUCACGCGCGGAAUCUCCUUCUACCUGCAGAUUCUGACGGUGGGGCUGUCGCUGGCGCUGCUCGUGCUGUCGCUGUACGAUAAGAUCCUGUCGAAGCGGCCCGACGGCGAUCCCACCAUGAUGGUCACCAGCAACGGGUCCACGACGUACAACAACCCGGGCUUCCGGGACACGCCGAAUGGUAUCGCCGUCACGGCCUCCAGCGGUCGACCGUACUCGAGCAUCAACGGCAGCGUCCAGUCGAUGAACACCACCGUAACGACCAUGUCCAACGGUUCGACGAUCGGGUCCGGCUCGGUCACGCGAACGCCGCUGCGCUCCAGCCUGAAAAAGCCCCGCCCGCAGAACGCCGACGGCAUGGGCAUCCGCAAUCCGGGCUACUCCGAGAACGGCACCGUCGGCACGGUCAAGAAGGUCCGCAUCCAAACGCACAGCACCGAGGUCUAGAAUCUCCCUCCAUCUUUUCUUUGAAGUGUGUAGCAUUGUUUUAAAUCUUUAUCUUUGUUCUAUCUUAAAUUUUUAUUUUUUAAACGCAAUUGAGGGAGAAUCUCGAGAAAAACGAUCUUACUUAAAAGCACCCGUCGUCACGCGCGGUCAAAUCAACGGAUCUGAUUUAAGUGUUAUUUAGUCAUGUAGUCAGUUAGGGAGUUUAUAGAAGAUUUUUUUUCUUUGCUGUUAGAAGUAUCACACUUGAAAAGUACUGAUUGUAAAUAGCACAACGGUUGAUGAGGAUGAUCGUAAUUUGACUAAAAAAAGUGAAUCGUACUACACUGUAGAAGGAGAGAGAGGAAUCUACGCACAAAGGGAAAGUAUUUUUUAUUCGAAUUGAAUCGUGAGUGUGCGUGUGAUAGUACUAGGAAUUGCCAAUUUUAUUUAUUGGAACGGUUAAGGACAAACUAAAGUGCACUUGGAGAAGAAGAAAAAAGGUUGCCUUAAGGUAGAAACACGCAGCAAUAAAAGAAUUGAACACUGAAUAUAUGAAUUCUGUCAUAUAAAUUAGCUAGUGUAGAAGUUAACCAUGGUUAGAGAACAGCAGAAACUUAGUAUUGAAAGUUGAGUAAUGAUUUCCUGUUAAGAACCUCCUUCCCCCUGCAAGUAUUCUUCGGUAUAAUUUUCCCCAAAAUAGAAAUAGGUUUGUGCACACACAAACAGCUACCACUACAAUCAACAUUCUUAUCCUUAAUGAUUAUGAUUAGUCUUCCAUCCGAGAUCCGAUCAAGUAUUGUGUCUUUGCUAGCAUUAGUUUUAACUAAAUUUGCAGAGUUUAUAUCGGCAAAGCGUCAAUCCAUCCGUCCGAGAGAGAUGUACUUGAGUGGAAGUUUAUUUUCGCUGUUAAACAUUUAGUUAUUUUUUUUUUUCUUUUAUACUUAUUUACGGACAAGCAAAUGUACUGUGAUUCAUUGAAAAUGAAUUGUGUAAUAAAGAACUUAAGGUCAGCAGAACAAUAAAAAUGUCAUCACUAACAA